AUGGCUGUUUGUGCCAGUAGAAUAAGAUGCUUCAGCCCAGCGGUCUCGCUCCGCCUUGCCUCGACUUCCAAGACGUAUGCGACUACUGCAUCGCCAGAUCCCGCCAUCCCGCCCUCAUCAUCUACCUCGUCUACUCCCUCUCCUUCUAAACGGCCUCGCACGUCGUUUCAAGACAGGCUCAAUGCCGGCCCUUCGUUUUCCGACUUUGUUGCUGGCGACAAUGCCCGUAUCGUCGAUCCCGCCGAGGCCUAUGCGUUGAAGACCGCACUCGUCGGCCCCAAGGGCAAGAAGAAGCCGAUGACGCGUCUGCCUCCGUGGCUGAAGACGUCUAUUCCGGAUUCCGGAAACUACAAACGUAUAAAAAAUGAUUUGCGAGGGCUUAACCUACACACGGUCUGCGAGGAGGCCCGAUGUCCUAAUAUCUCCGAGUGCUGGGGCGGUAGUUCUAAAUCUGAGGCUACGGCUACGAUAAUGCUUAUGGGUGAUACAUGCACCAGGGGCUGUCGAUUUUGCAGCGUCAAGACGUCGAGGACACCGCCUCCAUUAGACCCGCAUGAGCCGGAAAAUACCGCGGAAGCGUUAUCAAGGUGGGGCUUGGGGUACGUUGUUCUAACGGCGGUGGACCGUGAUGAUUUGGUAGAUGGCGGUGCUAGGCAUUUUGCCGAAACCGUGAUGAAGAUCAAACAGAAAGCCCCCAACAUCCUCGUGGAGUGCCUGACUGGCGACUAUGGCGGCGAUCUGGAAAUGGUCAAGCUCAUGGCCGGGUCUGGACUCGACGUGUACGCGCACAACGUCGAGACGGUGGAAGCCCUGACUCCGCAGGUGCGCGACCGCCGAGCGAGCUUCCAGCAGAGCUUACGAGUCCUGGGAGCCGCAAAGGAGGCAAAGCCAUCGCUUAUCACCAAAACGUCGAUGAUGCUUGGGCUGGGUGAAACGGAGGAUCAGAUGUGGGACGCCUUGCGGCAGCUGCGGGCGGCGAACGUCGACGUCGUGACGUUUGGGCAGUACAUGCGUCCGACGAAGCGACACAUGCCCGUGCAUGAAUAUGUGCGGCCGGAUGUAUUCGAGCUGUGGAAAGAGCGCGCGUUGGAGAUGGGGUUCUUGUACUGUGCGAGUGGGCCGUUGGUACGGAGCAGCUACAAAGCUGGGGAGGCGUUUAUUGAGAAUGUGCUGAAAAAGAGAAGAGCGGCUGAACCAACGGGGAGCGAGGCUACGCGAGUGCAGGAGGUGGUCGCCGGUGGGAUCGCAAGAUGA